AUGGGCGAGUACUCGAAAGCACUUUCAUCGUUUGAACGAUCAUUUGAAAUCAAAAAAAUAGCUCUCCCUCCGAAUCAUCCCGACUUGGCUCCUUUCUACAACAACAUCGGUUUGGUGUAUGAUAACAUGGGUGAGUACUCGAAAGCACUUUCGUCGUAUGAACGAUCACUUGAAAUCCAAAAAAUAGCUCUCCCUCCGAAUCAUCCCGACUUGGCUGCUUCCUACAACAGCAUCGGUUCAUUGUAUAAUAACAUGGGCGAGUACUCGAAAGCACUUUCAUCGUUUGAACGAUCGCUUGAAAUCAAAAAAAUAGCUCUCCCUCCGAAUCAUCCCUCUUUGGCUGGUUCCUACAACAACAUCGGUAGUGUGUAUGAAGACACGGGCGAGUACUCGAAAGCACUUCAAUAUUACGAAAAAGCUCAAGACAUCUGGAAAAAAUCGCUAUCUUCAAAUCAUCCACACAUUGUACUUGUGAAAAGAAACAUUGAAAAUGUAAAAAAGAAAAUGUAA